AUGUCAGGACAAUCCUCACUAGCCCUCAAAGAGGAGGGUAACCGCCACUUCCAAAAGGGCGACUACGUCGCUGCCGAGGCGUUGUACACCAAGGCAAUCCUCGCUGACCCCACCAACCCCCUCCUCUACACCAACCGCGCCAUGGCCCGCCUCAAAAUGUCUCGCUGGGACUCGGUAAUCGAAGACUGCGAGGAAUGUCUCCGCCUGUCCUCCAGUACCAGUACCAGUACCCCGGGCGGCAGCAGCAAAAACUUCAAAGCCCUCUACUACCUCUCCCAAGCGCACCUCCCGCUCAAAAACUACGACCAAGCUGUCGCCUACGCGCUGGAAGCGCACAAGAUUUGCGCAGACACGCACGACAAGAGUUUGGCGGCCGUGACGAGUCAGGUGCUCAAGUGCAAGAAGGAGAGGUGGGAGCACAGGGAGAAGUUGAGGAAGAGGGAAGAACAGGAAUUGGAGGGCGAGGUGGUGGAGAUGCUGAGGAGGGAGAUGGACGGGUUGCUGAAGACUAGUUCUAGUGGUGAGGAUGAGGAUGAGGAGGAGAGGAAGGAGACGGAAAAGAUGUACGAGGAGAAAAUCGAGAGGAUACGAGCCGUCUUUGAAAGGGCGAGGGAUAAGGAAAACCAGCGAAGACCGAAUCCGCCAGAUUGGGCGAUUGAUGAUAUCAGUUUUCAGGUCAUGGUUGAUCCUGUGAUGACAAAAACAGGCAAAUCCUACGAACGCGCAUCCAUUGAGGAACACCUCCGAAGAAGCGAGACGGAUCCGCUGACGAGAACACCCCUGACCAUCAAGGAUCUGCUGCCCAACAUCGACCUUAAGCACGCUUGCGAGGAGUUCUUGAAUGAGAACGGGUGGGCGGUUGACUGGUAG